AUGCCGACGGACUGUAGAGGAGAGCAGCCGGCGGUGUCGGCAGCGGCCUCCGUGGAAGGAACAGCGGCGGGUGGACAGCAGAGAGGAGCAGCGGCCGGCGGCAGCAGCCGCCUCCGCACGCGGAGGGACUGCACGCGGUCAGGUGAUAUUGGUGGAAGUCCGAGGAGAGCAGGCGACGGCGGCGGCGGCCUCCGCGGCGUGCCUCCAUUGGCACUAGCUCGGGAUAGCAGAGGAGAUGGGGGCGGGGCGGCUCGCCCUUCGGCGGAUGAGCCACGACAUCGCGGGGGAAGGCGUGGCCUAGAUCCAAUCCUGGCGAAGCCGGCGCGAAGGCAGGUCGUCGGCGCGACGGCGGCGGCGGCGCAAGGGUUUGGCGAUGCGCGCGCAGAGAUCGGGGAGACGGGGAGAUCGAUCGGGGAAGAAAAGAGCACGUGCGUGUCAAAUCGGUUGUAG